UCCCUGGCUGCUCCUAGGCGUCCGGCUAGCCGCCAUCUUGUAUUGGGGCUUCAUUGUUCCCGCUGGGCCGGGAGGUUUAGUGUAAUUGCCGUGUGAGAAGGAGGCGGAGUAACCUCUGGUCAGCCGAGAAACCCCGCUAUCCCGUAGCCAUAACCGCUCAAACGAUUUGGGAGGUAGUGAAGGGCAGGGAGUUGGACCCGGAGGCGGCGCCGCGACAGCAGCAGCCAUGGAGGACGAGAUGCCCAAGACUCUAUACGUCGGUAACCUUUCCAGAGAUGUGACAGAAGCUCUAAUUCUGCAACUCUUUAGCCAGAUUGGACCUUGUAAAAACUGCAAAAUGAUUAUGGAUACAGCUGGAAAUGAUCCCUAUUGUUUUGUGGAGUUUCAUGAGCAUCGUCAUGCAGCUGCAGCAUUAGCUGCUAUGAAUGGACGGAAGAUAAUGGGUAAGGAAGUCAAAGUGAAUUGGGCAACAACCCCCAGCAGUCAAAAGAAAGAUACAAGCAGUAGUACCGUUGUCAGCACACAGCGUUCACAAGAUCAUUUCCAUGUCUUUGUUGGUGAUCUCAGUCCAGAAAUUACAACUGAAGAUAUAAAAGCUGCUUUUGCACCAUUUGGAAGAAUAUCAGAUGCCCGAGUGGUAAAAGACAUGGCAACAGGAAAGUCUAAGGGAUAUGGCUUUGUCUCCUUUUUCAACAAAUGGGAUGCUGAAAACGCCAUUCAACAGAUGGGUGGCCAGUGGCUUGGUGGAAGACAAAUCAGAACUAACUGGGCAACCCGAAAGCCUCCCGCUCCAAAGAGUACAUAUGAGUCAAAUACCAAACAGCUAUCAUAUGAUGAGGUUGUAAAUCAGUCUAGUCCAAGCAACUGUACUGUAUACUGUGGAGGUGUUACUUCUGGGCUAACAGAACAACUAAUGCGUCAGACUUUUUCACCAUUUGGACAAAUAAUGGAAAUUCGAGUCUUUCCAGAUAAAGGAUAUUCGUUUGUUCGGUUCAAUUCCCAUGAAAGUGCAGCACAUGCAAUUGUUUCUGUUAAUGGUACUACCAUUGAAGGUCAUGUUGUGAAAUGCUAUUGGGGCAAAGAAACUCUUGAUAUGAUUAAUCCCGUGCAACAGCAGAAUCAAAUUGGAUAUCCACAACCUUAUGGCCAGUGGGGUCAGUGGUAUGGAAAUGCACAACAAAUUGGCCAGUAUAUGCCUAAUGGUUGGCAAGUUCCUGCAUAUGGAAUGUAUGGCCAGGCAUGGAACCAGCAAGGAUUUAAUCAGACACAGUCUUCUGCACCAUGGAUGGGACCAAAUUAUGGAGUGCAACCGCCUCAAGGGCAAAAUGGCAGCAUGUUGCCCAGUCAGCCUUCUGGGUAUCGAGUGGCAGGGUAUGAAACCCAGUGAAAAAGGACUCCAGAAUCUAAAGCCAGUGGCUUGAGGCUACAGGGAGUGUAGUAAAGCCGUUGUUUACUUAAAGAUUUAUCAAAUCAGUCAGUGCAAAUGUCAGAUACAAUGUAUUUAUUUAAAAGAUUCAUUUUUAAUCAUGAAAUUACUUAUCAUCCACAUUGUUUUAAAAAGAAACAAGAUGCUGGAUGUCUGCCAAUUUUUGCCUUCAUUACCUUUUUUGAUAAAGUUUCUCAGAUCCUUGUUUCAAACACAAAUGCAGGGAUUGCUGCCACUUUUUAACUAUUAAGAGGCAGAAAAUUGCACAAUAUUGAACUUUUUUCCACUAAAGUAGUGUGCAGUUAUAGUUUGCAUUCCUGAUAUGAUUUAAAACAUGUAAUAUAAAGAUGUUAAAAAAAAAACUGUGCAGAGUCUAGAAGUUCUCUGUCAUCUUCAGCUUGUGCACAAUUCUGUUUUAGGUUUAAAAAAAAAGGCAUUGUUUGAGCUGUCCCAUCUCCACUGUUAUCCCUUUGUGGUUUUUUAAUAUAAAUUAUUAGUUUAUGUCAUUUUUGUAUCUACAUCUUUUUUCACAAAUUUGUCUUGCCUUAUUAAAGUUCUGUAAAAUAUACUUAAAUGGAAAAAAUGAUGUUCAUUUAGAUUGAAAACUUUUCUCAGAUGGAUUGAUAAUUGCAUUCAUCUUGUGUUUUAUAUGAGAAGGUGCCUCAAGAAUUCCCUGUUGGAUUUGUUUAAAAGAAUUUUUAUCUUCUGUGAUAAACUUUGCUGUGUACCAGGAACUAUAAAAACAAAAACUUGUUACUAAAGAAAAUAUCUGAAAUGUGAUAAGUUCUUAUGCCAUGUUAAUUUCAUGUGUCAACUUCAACAUUUACAUGUAUUAUUUCAUUAUGUAAAAUGUUUUAGCAAUUUAAUAUUUUGCACAGUUAGCAAACUUUGUAUGUCAUUUCCUUCAAGGUAUCAUGCAGAGUUUACAUGAAAUUUAUAAGGUUUUAAGUUGUUUGCAUGUGAAAAUCAAAUACAUACUUUGGUAGUCUUUGAAUACAAAGUCAUCUGCUCUUGUUUUUCAAGAAUUUUGAGACACAAAGUUGUAUGUAAAGGAAUAUAUUUGCCGUUUUAUAGGUAGAUUUGCUCAAAAAGAGUGAAUCAACUUAACAUGUACAAAUGAUAGCUGUGAAACUGUAGAAUAUCUAUGUGUCAGGCUUGGAGUUCAUUGUGACCUCCAAAUUUUGCCUGAAGGACCAGCUGGGCAAAGCAUUUUUUAAAUGUUCAGAGGCCAAAAGAUAAACAAACAAAAAAAAAACACUUAAAAUCCUACCUCUUUAAACAGCCUUCAAAUAAGAAUCCUCAGUGCAAUCAUUAUUUUGAUUCUUUUGGUACCUGUUUUCCUGGAGUUCCCAAUUUUAUUAUUUUGGAGUGGCUCCAAGCAUUAAGAGGUUUAAUCUUUGAUGGCAUUGUUCUAGUUUUGAAAUUUCUAUUGUAUUUCAGAGUCUCUUAGAAAACUUGUGUGGGAAGUUUCAUUUUGUUUUUGGUGAAGGUCACAAACCUCCUUCUUCCUUGACUCAGAGAGGAAAGGUCCCAGUAUAUAUAUUUGAAUGGUUAGUGGUUUUCAAGACCUUCAGAGAGCUCCCUGCAUUUUACCUAGAAACAGAAAAGGCCUGCAAAAUCUUAAGUUUCCUGGCCUGCAUUUUCCAGGUAGGGGCAAAUGACUCCAAGCUGGUCUCUAAGCCAAUACGCUUGUAAACCAGAGUCCAGGAAAGAUAGCUCAAGUGUGUAAUUCUCUGGAGCUCAAUUCUAUGCAGUUGUGCUAUUUCAUUAAGUCACUGUGUAUUUUUAAGUGUUGAUACAUUAAAAGUCGCUUUAUGGAAGAUGAGUAAAUUUUUUAAAUACUUGGAAAUUUUAUUUCCUUAUUAACUUCUACAGAUCAGGGCAUGCAACCAAAAGCAGCUUAAAUGAAAUAUUUAAAAAAAUAAAAUAUCAGGAAGCUAUUUUUAGAUUUCUUCUGGCUUAUGUUUCUAUUUUAGGACCCUCAUUUUUCUCUUAUUAAAAAAAAAUUAUUUCCUGUACAUCUCAUGGACUGCAGGGUAAAUUAUUUGGGCAUAAAUAAUUUAAAUAGUUUUCUUUCAUUUUGACUAUCUCCAGUAACAACAGUUUUUAUUAGCCAGCAUAUUGGCUUAUUGCACAAAUCUUAAAAUGUACAUUGACUACUUUUUGAGAAGAAAGUGGUAUCAGUACUCGCGAUGAAAAGGUUACUACUGAACAAAUUCACAUUUCAGGAACACCCAUCUAUCUUUGGUUUAAAUCUUACUCUUAGUUUUUCAGUCUAAAAAUCAUACUGGUAUUAGUAUCAGGUAAGGAAAUUAAAAGUUUUUAAAAUGGUUUCAUUCUCUGCAAUAUGCAAAAUUUAGAUUUUACUUUCUGGUACUGUAAAGAACCUGAAGUGAUUCACACUUAAUGGGUCAUUAAUCCAGUAUUCUUUACCCUGAAUGUUUGGAUAUUAAAGUUCCUUUAUGUUUUCUAUAA